ACGACGAACGAAAUGUUUACGGAGUAACUUUGGACUUCAAUCCCACCAGUGCAGUGUACCAGUGACAAAAUGUUUAAGAAAUAUGUGUGUAUUACCCUUACAGUGAUAUUGUGUUAUGUGCAUAUGACCAAAGGACUAAUAGAAAAUGGAAGUCUGCCUAAUGAACUGAAACCCACUGCAGAAAUAAAAAAUUCUUCAAGCGAAAGAACGGGAAGACUUCUUCAGAAAGAAUGUUCAAAUCUUUUAAGCUCAAAAUGCUUGAAAGUCCACAUUCUGUCUUUCAUAGAAGAAUUGAGCUCUCGCGAAGAGCUCGGCCUUUUACCAGGACUGAGCAUCAUAAAAGAAAAUCAGACGUCUUCGAGUCCAAGUCCUGAAGAAAUGGCUGCGGAAUUAUCGAGACAAUUCCCGGGGAAGCCUGAAGAGAAACUGAAUAGAUAUCUGUUGUACCGGUUGCAAGAUUACUUGGACGGUCAUUCGUUGAGAUACAAACUUUUGGAUCCUCAAACGACUAAAGACGCUUUAAACAUGGCUAAGGGUGAUAGGGAAUCUGUUGGAAGAAAAGGCGGCGGGGGUGGUGGUGGUUUAGGGGGAGGCAAAGGAGGCGGUGGUGCUUUAUUAGCCGCUGCUAUGAUGAUGAAAGGAGCUUUGGCGGCUGCAGCCCUUGGCGCUUUAGCCCUGCUUGCUGGGAAAGCUCUCAUGACUGCUCUGAUGUCACUGCUACUAUCUGCAUUGGUCGGACUGAAGGGUGGUGGCGGCCACAAGUCAACCACCUACGAGAUCAUCACAAAACCUGAAGUGUCCCAUCACCACUCUCACAGCCAUGAAGAACAUCAUGAGCAUGAACAUGGCCACCAUGGUGGUUACAGAAGAGCAUACGAUCCCAUAGGAUAUAACAGCUACAUGCCUUACGAUACAACUAGUAGUUAAAUUAUUAUGUUAAUUGCGUGUGACAUCCCUGGUGUUGCUAGCAUCUAUAGGCUGUAGGGACUACCUCCCAUCAGGUGGGCCCCAAGUUUUCACAGGCAUAUGCCUGUUUGCCUGCUUGUUAGUAUUAAACACUUGGUCGAUUUCUUUAAAACUUCUUCGCACAUAAUUGGUUGGACUAAACUCCAUAUAGUAUUCUCUACCUGUUAGAGAUUUCCGGAUGAUGCGAUAAAGUGCAUCUUACAAAUGAAGUUAAUCUUAAGACUAUUUAUUUUUAUGAUAAGUUAUUUAUUUCGCUUUUUAAUUAACUGUGACUAAUACAAUGCAUUUAGUCAUGA